AUGAAGGAAGGGCAGGCAAUGGAAACACACCAGGGAUCUGUCCAAGGUCACCUUUCCUUGGCGGCAGAGAGAAAACCUCUUCUGAGCACACAGCUCAGCUACCACCAGAGGUCAAAUCUAAUGAUGCACCAAAGAAGCCACACAGGGGAGAAACCCUACAAAUGCUUGCAGUGUGGAAAGAGAUUUGGUCAGAGCUCUACCCUGAUUUCCCAUCAAAGAAUCCACACAGGGGAGAAGCCAUUUAAAUGUUUGCAGUGUGGAAAAAGCUUCGCGUGGAGCCACAACCUUAUGUCCCAUCAAAGAAUCCACACAGGGGAAAAGCCUUAUAAAUGCUUGGCGUGUGGAAAAAGUUUCACGUGGAGUCACAACCUUAUUUCCCACCAAAGAAUCCAUACAGGGGAGAAACCAUACAAAUGCCUAGAGUGUGGGAAGAGCUUCAACCAGAGUACUGACCUCACUUCCCAUCAAAGAAUCCACACAGGGGAGAAACCGUAUAAAUGCUUGGAAUGUGGGAAAACCUUCAGCCAGAGUUCGAACCUGACUUCCCAUAAAAAAACUCACACUGGGGAGAAACCAUACACUUGCUCAGGUUGUGGAAAGAGCUUCAUGUUGAAGUCGAGCCUCAUCAACCAUCAAAAAAUCCACACAGGAGAGAAACCCCAUGCUUGUUCGGAGUGCGAAAAGCGCUUUGUGAUGAAGUCGAGUCUGAUUAGCCAUCAAAGAAUCCACACAGGAGAGAAACCCUAUGUUUGCAUGGAAUGUGGAAAGAGCUUUAGUUGGAAUGAAUGCCUGAUUUCGCAUCAGAGAAGACACAGGGGUGAGAAGCCCCAUGUCUGCACAGAAUGUGGAAAGAGUUUCACAGUGAAAUCAAGCCUUGUUAACCAUCAAAGAAUCCACACCGGGGAGAAACCCUAUAUUUGCUUAGAGUGUGGGAAAGGUUUCAACCAGAAUUCUCACCUAACAUGCCAUCAAAGAAUCCACACAGGGGAAAAACCAUUUAAAUGUUCUGAGUGUGGGAAAAGCUUCGUACGGAAUGACUGCCUUGCUGCCCAUCAGAAAAUACACACAGGGGAGAAGCCAUUUCACUGCUCAGAGUGUGGGAAAAGCUUCCACAAGAAGACAAAUCUAACUGCUCACCAAAGAAUCCACACAGGGGAGAAACCAUACAAAUGCUUGGAGUGUGGGAAGGGUUUCAGCCAGAGCUCAGGCCUUCGGUCACAUCAAAGAAUCCACACAGGGGAGAAACCACAUAAAUGCCUGGAAUGUGGAAAGACGUUCAGUCGGAGAUCAAGCCUUACUUCCCAUCAGAGGAGAAGCCAUUUAAAUGCUUGUAAUGUGAAAAUAACUACAGUGGAAGCCACAACCUUGCAUCCCAUCAAAGAAUACACUCAGGAGAUAAAUAAUUGUAAAGCUCAAAGGGUGUCAGACCUUCAAUGUGAAGUAGGAUCUGCGCGGAACCUGAAGUUCUUUCCACACUCCAAACAUAUCGAGGAUUUGAAGAAUUUCCCCCUGUGUGGACGACCUGAUGCGCUUUAA